AUGGGUAAAAGCGCUAAAAGGAAACGCGAGCGUGAGAAGGCCCUUCUUGAACAAGGGCGGUUGUCCGAGUUAAAUGUUGACAGCGAUGGAGACGAAUUGAUGGAUCGAGAGAGUGGUGUACAGCACGGUGAUAGCACGGAGUCGGAAAGCAGAUUUUACACACUAGAACAUCGAGCGGAGGCAACAAGGAUCCAGCAGCUCGAAGAUAAAGACUAUUACGGUAUACUGGGACUCGAGAAUGAUUGUACCGCGAAGGACAUUCGUAAAGCCUAUUUGAAACUAGGCCGCCUGACACAUCCAGACCAAAACAAAUACGGCGAUGCGCAGGUUGCGUUCAAAAGCCGUCCCGAAGACGAAGGACUAAUUAAAGUCCAUCUAUUGUUCGGAUUCGCUUGUAGUUACCGAGAAGCCGCCAAGAAGGGGGGAAAUAAUCCCGAGGAUUUAAUCAGAAUCCAAAAGCAGUUCGACCAGGCGUCACGGCCAACCCUCCAGAAGCAGGGAAGCGAAACUUGGCGGAUCAGGAGGCCGCUAAACGAAUCAUUGGUUAUAUACCGAGCAGCGGAUUUUGCGGACCCUCGUUUAUCGUGGAAAACCCAAGUCUUCCUACCGGUAUGCUCAUUGAGCAAUAUGGCGACAUCAAUGGCGACAUGGCUAGAGCAUACCUCGCUCUGCCAGAGGCGGAGAAAAAAGAUGUGCGUGGUUCACAGGAGCGGUAUAGCAAGGCCGAUCGCACCAAAUAUGAUCGGAUUUUAG